AUGUCUUCUAGUCGUCAAGGUGGUAAACUUAAGCCUUUAAAACAAGCGAAAAAAAAAGAGAAAGACAUAGAUGAGAGUGAUCUGGAGUUCAAAAAGAAGAAACAAGAGGAACAAAAAAAAUUAAAAGAACUUCAAGAAAAAGCAGCUAAAGGUGGUCCACUUG